CAGUCACAUUUUACCUACUGAAAGAUUUGCAACAAUGUUCAACCGUCAACCAAAGAAAAAUCAAAUCGCUACUGAAAAAGUUGAAGGAGAUAAGAGCAGACAGCGCUCCAAUGAGAGAGUCACCGUCUCAGAAGCGCCUGCCGCCAAGACCUCUGCGGAUAACUGCGACAGGAGGUGGUACAGACAGUUCUGUCGACCCCUAAGCAAAGUUAAAAGUCUGUCAGUGAUUGUGAAGAGAGUCAUCUUCUCAGGUGGUCCAGCAACCACCACAGCACCUCCACCUGAGGAGGACAACCAGAGGACAAAGAAGAAAACAUCUUGCUGGGGACUGUUUAACUGCUGCAGGAGAAGACAUCGUGUGGCUCCAGUAACUGACGAUGAAGCUGAGCAGAAACAUAUCAGCAGUUCUAUCCAAAAUGACGAAGUGGUGGAGUUUAAAGGGCUCACCGAUGAAGAGGAGGCCGCACUGGACAAAGCCAACGAAGAGAACAGGAAAGCAGCUGCCACAGUGCCUAAGCACGCUGUUUUUUCCUCCUUACUCGAAGACGCAGUAGAAAAGAUCAUUUGCCAGAGACAGGGUGCCGUCAAGCCACAGAGCCUCAAGGUUCUUCAUCCCUCCCGGUUUGGGUUUCCCAACCACUUCCAAACCUGCUAUAUGAACUCCAGCCUCCAGAGCUUAAUCACACUCACAGAGUUCAUCACCGAUAUCUACAGCCACGAGGAUUUGUGGAAUCAAAUUCCUGUUGAGACUGAGCUGAUAAGACUUUUUGUAAACAUUGUAAGAUGUCACGGCUCCGAAGAUGGUCAGUACAAACUCUGGGCCCUCGAUAUGUUCAAGAAGGUCCUCUCUGUCCAGGCUCCUCAAUUUGCAGACAACUACCAGAAAGAUGCCCAUGAGUUUUUAACAGCGUUCUUAAAUCAGAUGAGGAGUCUGGCUUCACCAUUGCAGAAGGUUGCAGCUUUCAUGGGGAGAAGCUAUAGCUGCCCUGUGGACAGAAACCUGGUGUUCAAAAUGCAAAACACCAGGACAUGCAAAAGGUGUGAUGCUCAAUCCAUCAGAGAGGAGGAGUUCACCAACCUCUCUCUGAAUCUGGUUCCUGGAGGUUCAGUACAGCAGAUGCUCAAGCAAUACCAGAUGGAGACAGAGUUGAAAUAUAAUUGUGAGUGUGGCUGCAAGACAUCACUGCAGCGUUCCACCUUUCUAACCCUGCCCAGAUUCCUGAUUAUACACCUGAAGAGGUUCAGCUUCACUCCGUCGCUACAGGUGGUGAAGCUGCAUGACCCCGUAGUCCUUUUCAAGGUGCUGAUGGUGACUACCAACCAGGCUGAUGGCUUGUACAACCUGGUUAGUGUCAUCAGCCAUUUAGGCAAUAACGGGAACAAUGGACACUACAUCAGCGAGGGCGUGCACCCGCAGCAGGAGCUGCAUGUCGCAGAUGACCAAUGGCUCCACUAUAAUGAUGCCAAGGUUGCGAAGACAACUGGUGCUGCCGUUUGUAAGCGGGAUCAAGAAACAGCCUACAUUGUUUUCUACCAAAGAUCGAUGUAGGCCGGUCUGGCAAUGGUGGGACCUACUGAUGACGUACUCCCAGGAUCAAACCAACAAAGACAGCACAUCUCCCACAUACAUCAAUGUCAAAC